CAAUAGCUUAGCAGGGAAGGUAGUAGAGGCGAGCAAGGAGGAAGGGAAAUAACCCGCAGUUUGUCGGUACUCGGUGCUGGCUCGUAUGAAGGAAUAAAGGACUUCCUGAAAGUUGACCACUUCGCCGACCACCGUUAGCAAGGAGCAGCGCGCUCAUGAUGUUGGCGCGGGCGGUGUGGGCGUGGAGCCUGGUGGGCGUUAUAGCGCUGGUGGGCUCGGCGUCGGCAAAUUGGCAGCCAUGCAAGGUCCAGUGCGACGCCAACUUCGUUAAGAAUGACUUAGCACAGUCCGCCUUGGCAAGCGUGUGCGAGCGGGGGUGUGACCUCUUCACGCUCUCCCUCAUCUCGACGCUCCAACGCUCCCCUGUCAUGCACCUUAGCUCCCUCAUCACCCCUCGAAGGCUUCCCCUCACCCCCCACACGGCGCCUCACGACCUGGAGGUCAGGGUGGAGAAGAAGGAGAAGCUGGAGAAGAAGGAGAAAGUGGAGAAGAACGGGAUCGUGGGAAGCGAAGAUGUGAAGCAAGCAGUGACAGAGAAGAAGAAGGAGCUGACGAAGAAGCUGGUGGAGAAGAGGAAGAAGGAGGAGAAGGCGGCCGAGAAGGACGAGGUGGUGGAGCGAGAGGAGGCGGAGGAGGCCCACAAGGCCGGCGGGACUACCAAGGUCGCCCUUGCGUCCCGCGUGCUGCACUUGCACCUCAAGAACCGCCAGACGACCACGCAGCCCGCCGACCACCCGGUUCAAGACCACCCCGCCCGCGCCGCCCACCAGGCCACUACGACCACCACCCUCGCCCCUCCUGAGGCCAACCCUGAGGCCAUGGCAGCCUCCUCCACCAAGAAAACCCCCUCCUCCCCCUCCUCCCCCUCCUCCUCUCCAUCUCCCUCGUCACCGUCCUCCUCCUCCAGCGAGACACCGAAGGCCAAGAGCCGCAGCGGCGGAGACGGCUUCGCCAUGUGGAUGAAGUGCCUCAUGCACCAGGAAGCCAAAGCCGAGGCCGAACACAAAGCCAAACUCGAGGCUAAGCACGACGUCAAGAAACUAAUCGUCAAGGAGCACAAGCACCGCGACGGCAAGGUGGAGGAGGAGCGACUCGAACAAGCCAAGCACUCUUGCAGGCACGCCUGCGUGACGGCCUACAACGUGAUGAACGAGCAGGAGGCCUGCGUGGUGGGCUGCCACUUGCAGGCGACCACGGCGGCGCUGAAGCCCUCCAGGACGGCUUCGCAGGACACCCCCUCCAAGAACCCCCUCGCCAUGUUCCAGAGGAUGGUCAUCAACCUGGCAGGCCACGUAGGCAGACUCAUGCGCUUCACUUGGGCGUGGACCUCCCGAGGGCAGCAGGAGUGGCAGCAGCAGGAGAAGAUCGAAGUGCAAGCAAGCAAGGAACCUGAAAAGGACUUCACUUACUUAUCCAAGGUCUCAGGACCAGUUGUUAUCAGUUUACAAGACAACGUAGACUACACUCGCACCUCUGCUUUCCGGCUCGUCUUCAUGCCAGACCAAGAGCUGCGUCGCCACCACCAGCAGAAGCCGCAGCAGCAAUUACAUCAGCAGCUGAAGCAGUCCCUGGAAGCUGUUUUGCAGUCCCGCCAGCAGAACCAGGAGGAACAGCACCAACAGCAGCAGCACCAACUCCAGCAGCAACAGCAGCAGCAGCAGCAGCAACAGCAGCAGCUCGACUUGCUGGAGUGCAUUUCGAGGAAGUCCGGUCUGCCUCGCUGGUUCAUCGCCGUCACCAUCUUCACGUCGGCGCUCGUGAUCCUGUGGCUCUGCUUCACCCUCACCGCGCCCCCCGAUGACAUCAAGGUUGUGAAGACGAAGCCUCCGGAUUUCAGCGUGGACGAAAACGACGACGGUUUCGACGACUUCGGUGACGACCUCAACAUCUCGGAGAAGAAGAAGCUGCUCGCCCACGCCGAUGACGUCAUCAAAAUCCGGAUCGAAAAUGUGUAGAUGAAUGGGCAGAGAUGCGUGUGACUUCCGUGGACAUGUGUGAGGAAUUACUGAUGGAAAUGGCGAGGGAUGAAAUUGUAAUGAAUGGAGGGAAAGGGAAAACGAGGGAAAGGAAAACACUGGCGCAAAGCAAUAAGAAUUUUUGGGGGAAUAAUCUUAUCAUUGUGUGAUGUACGUACAUGGUAAAAAAAAACAGACGUGAAAUUACAAAAAAAAUAUAUAUAUAUCGUCAAGCAGAAAAAUAAAAAAACAGAACUUGGUCACAACAAAAUAGACAUGUUACAACUGAAAGGUUUUACUAAGAAAGAAAUUACGUUAUCACAACCUUGUAAUCAAUCCGAGGGGAAAAACACGUGAAAUUUAACCUCAUCACAACACACAAAAUAAACCAGUCGAUUAUAAACAAAUCAAUAAAUCAAAUAUAAAACACCAAAAAUGGGGAAAAGUCGACCAAAUAUUACAUGUGACUGAUCGAGUAAGUGCCAUUACAUCAGAGAUUCUAAAGGAUUUUCAAAACCCUUUUGCCUGCCCUUUGAAUAAUACAAGAGCCUUCAAGAAGAAAAUCCUUCAGCAAUAUACCAUAAGAGUCUAAGUUUUCCCUUUCUCAUUUUCAUUGUUAUUGUUGCAAGUAUUUAUAAACAUUUUUUUUAUAUUGUACAUUUGCGUGUUAGGUGAUAGUGUGGUGUUCCGAGAGACUAAUCUGGUGCUUUUGAGCGAACAGAAAAAAAGAUGUCUUUAGGUGAUAUCUCAAAAGAAGAAAUAAAACAGAAGAAUGAGGUACGUGGUUGUAAAAUGUGCUGUGGGUGACUCAGCAGAACAAGCUGCGAAGCGGAGUAUUUUAUUAUUCGUAAAAUUCCUGCUAUUAGUUUUAUCACUGUUAUUAUUAAUGCUGUUGUGUUAUUAUUAUCAUUAUUAUUAUUAUUGUUAUUAUUAUUAUUAUUACUAUUAUUAUUAUUAUUAUUAUUAUUAUUAUUAUUAUUAUUAUUAUUAUUAUUUUAUUAUUAUUAUCAUUAUUAUUAUUAUUAUUAUUAUUAUUAUUAUUAUUAUCAUCAUCGUUAUCAAUACUGUUGAUUUCAUUGUUGUUAUUAUUGAUGUUAUCAUUGUUACUAUUAUCAUUUAUAUAUUUUUUUUCUUUUUCAAACAUUUUUCCAGAGAUAAUUUUCUUAAUUUCCAAUACCUAAAAAUACUAGAAAUAUAUGAUGCUGCAGAAAAGUAAAAUACACAUAGUAUAACUAUAUACAUACUGUAUACAUGUAGUAGAGCAUCCGCAUAUCCAUAACAAGGAAUGAUUUUAUAAUUGAAGCAUUUGAGAAAAUCUAACACAUGCACAUGUUUUCAGAGGCACGUCUAUAACGGAUUCAAAAUUUCCUGUUGUGGGUUCCGCCUGGUGCAGAUUCAACAGGAAAAUGAACGACGAUCAAAAUACCCAAAACAGAGAUUUCCGUAUUUUAAUAAUUUACUUAUUUAUUCACUUGAAUCAUAAUUAUUAUUUGGGGCGGGCGCGUGCAUUUUCUGUUGGAAGUUAAUAAGAUAAUGAGAUAAAAAAAAUAAUAAUGAUCACAUGCAAUUUUUGUGGAUCAGUGUGGCGAAUCAGAAAGACGUACUCGAACAGAUUGCGUAAAGCCAGCCAUUUUUCGUCGAUUUCGAAGCUGUGUCAAACGAACAUCAAGAACGCGGCUUCUCGCAUGCGGAUUCAUGACGUCGCUUCUUACACGAACGACCAUCUUCGCGCCUUCCAGUCAUCGUAAAUAAUAAGGUCAAUGUAAAUCGUAAGGCGGGUUCGCGCGGACUUUGUCUUGUACAUGUACUAACAAAAGAGUAAAUAUCGCAUCUGUUGAAAGAAGAAAGGGGAACCCACGUAAAAGAAAUAAAGCUGAUAAACUGAGUGAGAUAACUGUGAUCUCACUGAAGAGAAAGAUGUAACGGUUAUAUCUGGACACAACCAAAAGAUCAUAUGUUAAGCGAUUCCAUCCUAUAUAUCGUGAGGUCAGGGAAAUCUGCAAUAUUGCCACAAUAUGACAAGGUUGAAUCUACCUUACCAUCUCAGCACAGUGACAAAGCUGCCUUUAAAUGGCAAAUGCAUGUUGCCAGGGGUUAAGUGGCCAUGUGUUAAAAAUGAAUAGGUAAAUACUCAUAACUCAUUUACUAUCUAAACAAAUAAUUUCUGGAGAAAAUAAAAAAAUCAGUGACUCAAAACUAUGAAUGACGUUUGACAUUUCAAAAGAGAAAACACAGGCUCUCCGUUGUGGUGAGGUAUUUACACCCUUCUGUCAGUGUUUCCAGAGAGAUUUCCCGUGACCUCUGGUGUGUGUGUAUAGUUGUUUCAAUAUUUAUCUGUGCUGCUCAUAUACAUUUUUGAUGGCAAUAUGAAAUUAUAUAAAAGUACUAAAAUCAUGGUUGAUAAAAUAUGCGAAGGCAUAAACUCGUUUAUUUAUAUGAUGCAUGGAUUUUUGUAUUAUUUUCAAAUGGACUUUUAAAUUACAUGGGAGCAAAUCUCGGUCUCUCUUGGCCUUCCAGGGAAGAUCCUAUCACUUUCUUGGCUUUGUGUGAAAAGAAAAUGUUGCACAAGAAAGUGACGAGGAGAUUAUACAUGUUGAAGUGUUGAAAUGUUAUUUUGAUUUCUGUGACAGUUGGAGUAGUUAUAGCAUCUGACGUUAUAGGUACAUCUGUAUUAUAAUCAAGGGAAUUGACACAACGGCUGUUCAAAAACAAGGAUUGGUUCAAUUUAGGUGUCAGCUUUAUUCUCUCUUAUAUAUGUGAGUUGUGUGUGUACUUACUAGUAACACAGGGGUUUAGGCCUUACUCUAAGGUCAAAUGUGAAUAAGUAUGAGCACUGAGUGAGAGAGGCAAUGAUGCCUGUCUUAACGUCAUUCUAUCUUCUUUUUUAUAUAUCUACGCUGCUAUGAUCAUCAUUAUAUACAUGGUUUUUUUAGGGGGGGAAGCUCUGUUCGGAAGCCUAACUCCUGAACGCUGAAAGACUCUUACACGAGCUUUGUUUUUUCUGGCAAGCCUCGUGUACGCUCAGGCUCGUCUUGCGAGUUAGCCAGCUUCCUCGGUAGGCCUACAGAUAGGGCCGAGUAUUAUUCAUGUUUUGCUUGAUUAUCAACCGUGUAAAGAAAUAUAUAUACAUAUGGAUUGAGAAGGGAGACGAGGAGUUUCUUGUAGGCCUCCCGUACCCCUCUCCUCACCCCUACCUUCCACCAUCUUCCCCAUUCCCUGUUCAGUAGAGAGAGCAAGUUUCGCUGUCCAUUUCAUUCAGAUUAUAUACAUACCUUAUGCAUAAAUGAAUAUAUAUAUAUAUAUAUGAUAGAUAUAUAUGAAAUUCAUCUGGUUGUGAUAAAGAUUAUCGUUUCUAUAAGUCGAGUGAAAAUUUUAAGUGGUCAGUGUCAAUUCCUGAUUGCAAAUCUUUGAAGAGAUGAACUUGCAACUUAAUAUCAUUCUGAAUGUUUUUGCACAUCCUUAUCCCAUUCUUGUCAGGGCAGCUGAACCAAAACCUUCGUAAAAUUUUAGUAUAAAUAAUUUUUGGGACGAGAAGAAAAAACAUAUAUAUAUAAAGCAUUAAAGAUAAUAAACAGUUACAGUUGCUGGGAGUCCCCUUAUCGACCAGACGCCAACUAAAACUUCGCCAUGAAUAAUGAAAAUGAUAUCAAUAAGGAUCAUAAAAAGAAAAUUAUGAUGAUAAUGAUAAACGGAUCAAUAGCAUUCCAGCCAUUACUGAAAUUAUACACCAGACUGAUAUCCCAUUCCAGGCUUCCUUCGUCGCCAUAAGACCGGACUCCUGCGCUCUGUAAUAACCCCAAACAACGCACAAUCCUUCGACCACGUCCUUGAAACUCUUGUUCUUGUUUUCAACUCUGCCAUUUGGUUUCCAGUUUUUCAUGUGUCCGAGAAGCUUUAACGUUGUUGUGCCUCAGUCUCCAUCUCCUGCGGUGUUUUCGUGUCGCCACUCUCUGUUAAUUAUCAUAUCCCUUCCUUUCCUUUUUCCUUUUCUUUUGUGUUUCCGUGUUCGUAUAUCUUUCGACCAAUUUUGUUUCGAAUAUAGUGAGAACUUAGAAACCCUUGGACGAUCUGCUUUAUAAACACAUAUACUUGUAGCGUAGAAUGAGGGUAGACUUUUCUGUGUUUACUUCGAGGAGUGUUCAGCUGCCUUAUAUCUGAAAGCACGAUGAAUGUUAAGUUAACCAUGUCUAGGCCCAAGCUACUGCCGCAAGACUUUUACAAUAUAUCCAACUCUGUGUACAGUCAUACAUGCAGUAGCGUAUGUACAUGUUUGGUUGAAUAAACACAAACAACA